AAGUUUAAACUUUACUCUUACAGGACGUGAACAUCGAAGAGUUAUAAAAAUGAAUUUUAUUUCUGACAUUUUUUUGUGCUUCUUUAAUUUGGCUCUUUUUACAUCAGUAUCUUCAACACCUACGAUUCGAGAAAAAUUUGUCGAAGCUAGUAUCGAAGCUAGUGAAGAAGGUUGCUUUUUUGGUGGAAUCUUUAUCGCAAAAAACUCGGGUGCUUCAAUUGAUUGUCCUCACAAUUUAAAUCGUGUUCCUGAGCAUUGUGAACUAGUUUACACCCCAGGUCAAUGUUGCCCCAUAGUUGAUUGCGAUUGUCAUGAAGAUGGUAUGACUUACAAAGAUGGCGAAAGAAUGCCAAUUAUUGAGCCAUGUAGUGUUUGUUUUUGUGAGAGCAGACAAAAGGUUUGUUCCCCAGGUGGAAUUCCAGGUGAAGAUUGCUAAAACGAAUUAAAUAUUUUCAUAAUUUUGAUCGCAAUAAAAUUGAAAGGAAUCUUCACUGAAAUUUUAAAUAAAUUUUAUUUUUUUCUUGCCUACCAAUCAAAUUAAAAGUAGAACAUUUCAUAUUUUCAUAUCUUCA